AGAUAAAUGUGGAAAACUGCCAUUAUCCCCAAAGCAAAGGGCAAUGUUCUCUCGAUGGGUGCGGCCAGAUGAAAUAUCAAAUAAUCCUACAAUGAUCUAUACCGUUUCAAGUUUCAGCAUCAAACAGACAAUUGUAUCCGAUUGUUCCUUUGUGGCCUCACUUGCCAUCAGUGCAGCAUAUGAAAGACGAUAUAACAAGAAAUUGAUUACCAGCAUCAUUUACCCUCAAAAUAAAAAAGGAGAACCAGAAUAUAAUCCGUGUGGAAAGUACACAGUCAAACUGCACAUUAAUGGCGUUCCUCGGAAGGUGAUCAUUGACGACUUCUUACCAGUAGAUCACAGUGGAGAACUUCUGUGCUCUUACUCAAAUAAUAAAAACGAACUCUGGGUAUCCCUGAUAGAAAAAGCUUACAUGAAAGUCAUGGGAGGUUAUGAUUUCCCAGGAUCAAAUUCUAACAUUGAUCUUCAUGCGUUGACCGGUUGGAUACCUGAAAGGAUUGCUAUGCACUCUGACAAUCAGGCUUUUAACAAAGACAGUUCAUUCAGAAUGCUUUACCAGAGGUUUCACAAAGGGGAUGUGCUCAUUACUACAGCUACAGGAGUGAUGACGGAAGAAGAAGGAGAGAAAUGGGGCUUAGUGCCAACGCACGCCUACGCGGUUUUGGAUAUUAGGGAAUACAAGGGGCAACGUUUUCUCCAGUUGAAAAAUCCCUGGAGCCACCUGCGUUGGAAAGGAAGAUACAGUGAAAAUGAUCUGAAAAACUGGACUCCUGACCUCCAGAAAUAUUUAAACUUUGAUCCCAGAACAGCCCAGAAAAUAGACAAUGGGAUUUUCUGGAUCUCCUGGGAAGAUCUCUGCCAAUAUUAUGAUGUUAUUUAUUUGAGCUGGAAUCCAGGUCUCUUUAAAGAAUCAACAUGCAUUCACAGUACUUGGGAUGCAAAGCAGGGCCCCGUGAAAGAUGCUUACAGCCUUGCUAAUAACCCACAGUAUAAACUGGAGGUCCAGUGCCCACAAGGUGGUGCUGCAGUGUGGGUUCUGCUGAGCAGACACAUUACUGACAAGGAUGACUUUGCACACAACAAGGAGUUCAUCACCAUGGUGGUGUAUAAAACAGACGGGAAAAAAGUCUACUAUCCUGCUGAUCCUCCACCAUUCAUUGAUGGGAUACGGAUCAACAGUCCCCAUUAUCUGACUAAGAUAAAGCUGACCUCCCCUGGAACCCACACGUUUACUUUGGUGGUUUCUCAGUAUGAGAAACAGAACACCAUUCACUAUACCCUGAGGGUGUAUUCAGUGUGCAAGUUUACCUUCUCAAAGAUCCCGACACCAUAUACCAUUUCCAAACGGGUGAACGGGCAGUGGAAAGGUCACAGUGCUGGCGGAUGUGGGAAUUUUAGAGACAGCUACAAGAACAAUCCUAUAUACCAGUUCCAGCUGGACAAGACUGGGCCGCUUCUGAUUGAGCUAAGAGGACCGAGGCAGUACAGUGUGGGCUUUGAAGUUGUGAUGAUCUCCACCGUAGGAGACCCAGGCCCGUCAGGCUUUCAGAAGAAGAACAGCGGUGACUACAGGUGUGGAUUUUGUUACCUGGAAAUCGAGGUGGUACCUGCUGGCAUUUAUAAUAUUAUUCCAAGUACCUUCCUCCCUCAACAGGAAGGGCCCUUUUUCUUGGACUUCAACAGCAGUUCUACGCUUAAGGCGUCGCAGUUGCAGUGAGGCAGCCCGGAGUGGUUCUUCUCAGACACGGCAGAGCUGAGGCAGCGUGCCAGACGCUUCGCAGGAGAGCCAACAAAGAGGAAAGCACUUAACUGGAGAUGCACUUUUUUAAUAUAAAGUUCUCCCUCAGAGUGGUGGUCCAGACCAUUCCCUCAAAGCAGAGGGGGAAGCACGAGAUGGACCGGCUUCUGAAUACUGACAAACUUGAGAGCAGGCAAGGAGAGUGCUUGAACGACGAUCUUAACCUUAUUCUUGUUGGUGUAAUUAAUGUAUAAGAGUAUAGCACUUUAUAUUUUUAUCAUCGAGGUUUGGGGUUUUUUGAAGCAUCUCCGUCUUCGUCCUGUCAGCCCCCCCGUGUUUAAGCCUUCUUUUCAAAUACAUGGUGGCAUUGCUCUGGUCAUUUGUCUCUCUCUGGGAAUGGAAACAUUUCCUGUCACCCGCAACAGAGGCUACCAACUUCUGGUACCUGCAGCAAGAGAGUGAUACCACCCAGGCGGGUGGCGAGUUGCUGCCUGUGCUUUUCAGUGCCAAAAACCAUACCAGCAAGAUGGGGGAGGGCCACAUAUGCAGUACAGUGCUCACCAGAUGACUUUAUAGGUGGCACACUGGCUCCUUUUCGGGUAGCUGCAAGUUACAUUCUUGUCUGCCCCAAGCAAGCUGGGAAGGAGGCAGAUGAACCUCAUAUAUGUACACUUCUAGACGAGGGUAUCACUCAGUUUAUAAUCUGUUUCACUGGCUUCUUUCAGACAAACCCUGCACCCUUUCCCCACAGUACGUCUGUGUUUAAGGAAACUGUUGUUCUUGCUCAUAAGUGUGCACGUUGUACAGCUUCGUUACGGCGAUGUUCCUCACAACCUGACAGUAAAAGAUUGCUUUUCAGUAUAAUCUCAAGUGAUAGGUGCCUUUGAACGGAAAUAUUAAAUCAU